UGAAUAUAAAAAGAUCACAUACCUCAGGACUGCUGCCGUGACAGUUUCACACUACUGUCCGGACUUGUUAAAAGGUUUUCCUGUAUUGCAAAAAUCUCCUUUCUCAUCUUGCUAAAGAUGACGUUCAAAGUGGCUGUCGGUGAUUAGAAAAACCAACAACCACAGAGGCAUCAAAACAGGAAAGAUGAUUCAGUUGUUUCCUGUGAACUGAAGUUGAGAGCUUUGGAAAAAAUGUUAACGAUGAUGCCCUCACUGACCUGUGGAACGGAUAAUCUGAAGUGAUGCAGAACAGAGAGGAGAGCCCUGCUGAUGGGCGGGCCCCCACACCUCCAGAGCGAGGACUGCUCCACAUCUGGAUGUCGGGGGGCCCCAAAGAGCAGCUUUGCCCAGAGAGAGUGCUGCUGUCUAGGUGCGUCUUGCAAAUCGCCCUCGGAGAACAUCAUGGACUCCUGCUGGCACAAGGUGGUCAAGUGUAUUCUUUCGGUGAGCUGUUGUGGAGAGAUCUGAGCGUUCCAGUUUCUGCUCCGGUGCUUGAAAGGUCCCUGCUUGAGAGGACGGUGGUCCGCGUGGCUGCCGGUGGUUUCCACUGCGGAGCGCUGAGCGAGCAGGGCAACGUCUACAUGUGGGGGGAGAACACUGCCGGACAGUGCGGGCUGACUGAGAGGGGCACAGCCGUAAACAUCACAGUUUCAGAACCGUGUCCUGUUACUGUGGUGGACAAUGAGGUUGUUCCUCCAGUGGUGGUCCGGGUUGUGGAUCUGGCCUGUGGACGGGAGCACAGUCUGGCCUUGUCAGCGCAGAAUGAGCUGUGGGCCUGGGGCAGCGGCUGCCAGCUCGGCCUGGUCACCAACACUUUCCCUGUAUGGAGACCACAGAAGGUGGAGCACUUGGCAGGCAGACAUGUGAUCCAGGUGGCUUGUGGUGCCUACCACAGCCUGGCUCUGGUUCGCAGUUUACCUCAACAGAACUACACUACCCAGAAACCCCCUGAGAAAAAGGAACGGGGUCAGUCACCUCGCUACUCACUGAUGGAGAGAGAGGAGUCCCUUGCAGUUGAUGAUGCUCACUACUGUCCGUUGGGGGUGGAGCUAAGUGAAGUCAUGACAGCAGAGACCUCUCGCAGAAAAAGAAGCCCCAGAAAAAGGCUCCAAUCUAGGGGAGGGUCAGCUGGCAGCAGCCCUGGCUCUGGAGCCGGUUUAUGUCCAUAUUUUGAAGACGACAAAUCCAACACUAAACAGAAAAAUCUUCCAACUGGCACCAAGACUGACGCUGACCCUCUAACUGAGACAGACGGCUUGGUGGCCACUAAAAGCUCAGCCUUUCCUGAUGAGAUGGAGCUUCAGAAUCUCCUCCAGAAGCUCUCUGGUCACUCGUUAGGGACACGACAAGCCAGCGGGCUCGGAGAUACCGACUCACUGAGCAGUCAGACUUCAGAUGACAGCUAUGUCUCUUCAACUACUUCCACGGAUCUUUUCACCUCCAGUUACAAAGAAGACUCGCCAAUGAGGAGUCAAACUAACAAUACCAGUGGAGUGGGCGGGGUGUACUCCACCUCCUCCCCUGUGUGUUCGGAAGAGGUUCGGCUUUGUCUGGAGAAGGAGAGGCAGGCGCUUCAGGGCCAGAAGAGCUCCAGUCUCACAGAUAUUAGCCAGAGGGGGAAAACAGGAGCAAACAGGAGACGCUCCCUGCCUGGAACACCCACCCAUGGGUCUCCACGACGACGGUGCCCUUGUGCCUGCAGGACACCCACUGCGGGUCGGAGUCAGUCUGCAGCCUCAGAGGAGGUGGGAGAUAUGAUGCCGUCUCUGGAGACAGAAGUAUGGAGCUGGGGACGCGGAUCUGAGGGGCAACUGGGCCAUGGAGAUCAGCUUGCCAGACUCCAGCCUCUGUGUAUUAAUUCUUUGACAGGCGAGGAAGUGAUCAAAGUUGCCGCAGGGUCACACCAUUCAUUGGCUCUCACUGCUCAAUGCCAGGUGUACUCGUGGGGCAGCAACAUGUCUGGACAGCUCGGUCAUGUCAACAGUCCGGUCACUGUCCCGCAACAGACUAAGCUGUCUGACAGUCUUCGGGCGUGGGACGUGUCAGCCGGUCAGAGUCACUCCCUCCUCUUGGCUGACGGAGACUGUGUCCAGCCUGUACUGUUGUACUGCGGCCAGCAGCAAGAGACAAACUCAAAGUCGAACCAGAGGUCACCCACCAGGGCGGAGAGUUACACAGUCAGACCAGCGCUGCUGCCUUUCUGCAUGGAGAUGGGUUACAUUAGCAGUGUGUGCAGCGGCGGUCAGAGCUGUGCCGUGCUGGCAGACCACAACGUCAUGGGUUUCAUCUCUGCCAUCCAUGAACUGGCUUCCAGAGAGAGAGAGUUUUACUGCUGGCUAAGCAGCGUCAGGAAGCUGCUUCUCACCCCGCUGUGUAACAGAGAGAGUGUGUGUCCGUCAUUAGGUGAGCCGUGCACUCAGCUCUUCUUCUCUCUCUGUGAGAGUCUUGUUCGUCUGAGUGUCCUGAUUGGUCGACACUCCACGUCACUCAGCUACUUCCUGCAUGAUGUGCAGGGCCGUGAAGUCACUUCCCUUUACCUGCUGAAGCACACCGAUCACUUCCUGGACAUUUAUAAAGAGUAUUGUUCUUCAGUAGGUGACUUCCAGGUGAUGGGUGGAUUUCAGUCACUCCAUAAACUUUCACUCGAGUGUUUAGGUUCUCAGCAGACGAAGCUCGCUCAGCUGUGUGUUUCUGACCAGUCUGCCAGCGAAAAUGUUGACCUGGUUUCGUUGUUGUACCGGCCUUUGCAGCAGCUUCACCAGUACGGCCGAGUUCUGCUCAAACUGGCAGCGUGCUAUGAUGUGUUAACUACAGAGUAUCAGUCCCUCCAUCAGGGCAGCAGUCAGUAUGAGUCUCUGUCUUUGUCCCUGAUGAGGAGGAAGAAGGAGGCUGAAACCACCUUCCUCUUCUGGAAGACCCACUCUGGAAAAACUACUGAGGUUCUGCGUCUCCCAAAGCGUCGUGUGGUGUGUGAAAGCAACAACAGGUCGCUGACUCUGCAGAAUGCCGGCAGAUUUUCCAACCACUGGUUCAUACUGUUCAACGACGCACUAGUGCACACACAGUUCUCCACUCAUCACAUCUAUCCUCUGACCUGUCUGUGGGCAAAACCUGUCACGGAAAACGGCAGCGGACUCUACGCCAUCAAAAUAAAGUGUCCAGAGGAGAGUUUCACCCUUGUGGCCUCAACACCACAAGAGAAGAACAAGUGGCUGCACUCUCUGAACCAGGAGAUAGAUCGAGUGCUGGGCGGUGGAGGUCAGGGGUCGUCGCCAGGACAGGCGGCCAUGUCUCGGACGGCCUCGUACAGGUUCACAGGAGAAGGAAGAUUCAAAGAUGCCCGGUACACGGGGGGCUGGUUGGCAGGACAAGUUCAUGGCAGAGGAAACAUGGAAUGGGCAGACGGACGGACCUACAGCGGGAGCUUCAAGAACGGACAGGAGAACGGCUAUGGAGAAUCUAUAAUGCCUAACAAAUCACUGAGUAAGGCAGACACUUACCAAGGACACUGGAAAGAGGGCAAGAUCCACGGCUUCGGCAAAUACAGAUACGCCAGUGGCGAGGUGUACGAGGGCUGUUUCUGUGAUGGCCAGCGUCACGGUUACGGCAUGCUGAGCUCCGGUAAGCUGGCUAGGACUUCCUCCAGCGUUUUCAUUGGCCAGUGGGUCCACGACAAGAAGACAGGAUACGGCGUCCAUGAUGACAUCACCAGAGGUGAGAAGUACAUGGGACUGUGGGUGGACGACCAGAGGCACGGGAGUGCUGUGGUUGUUACUCAGCACUGUCUGUACUAUGAAGGGACCUUCAAAGAGAACAAGAUGAGUGGUUCAGGUCUUCUGGUGUCAGAGGACAACACAGCUUUCCACGGGGAGUUUUCUGAUGAUUGGACUGUCAACGGGAAGGGUGUUUUGACCCUGGCUAACAGUGACUAUUUAGAGGGCGUGUUCAAUGGAGAGUGGACUGCCGGUCUGAAGGUGGUUGGAACAUAUUACAAACCAACUGUCGAAGGACCAGAAAACAAAGACAGAAAUAACCUGCUCAGGUUGGGUCAGUAUGUGGUUCCCGCAGAUCAGAGGUGGAGCUGCGUGUUUGAUGAAUGUUGGAGUCGACUGGGCUGCGAUGGCGCCGGCAGAGGAGAGCGGACGACAGCCUGGGAGAACAUCGCUAUUACUAUAACAAGUGCACGACGUUACGGCUCUAACCUCAGCAGGUCUCAGACCAAAAUAUUGGAGAGUUUGGAGUUUAUUCCUCAGCAUGGAGAACCAGUUACCACCUCGAACUACGACAACAUACGAAGAUACCUUACCAAGGCCUGUGAGACGCCCCACCAUCCUCUGGGCUGGCUGGUCGAGACGUUGGUGACAGUCUACAGGAUGACGUACGUCGGUGUGGGAUCCAACCGCAGGCUGCUCAGGCAGGCUGUUCAGGAGGUCCAGGCCUACCUCACACAUUUCUACAGCAUUGUGAGGUUUCUGUUUCCUGGGUUACCAGAUGAUGGCGGCGUCAUUCCAAACACCCCAGUCUCUCCAUCCAAAAGCAGACACGACUCAGUCACAUCAGAGCAAGGUUAUGUCGUGGUGGUGUGCUGCUCCUCUCUGCUCCUCCCUCUGCUGCUUCCUCGACUCUACCCUCCUCUCUUUACUCUGUACUGCCUGCAGGAGGAGCCGGAGGAGACCCAGUACUGGGAUCGCAUCCUCCGCCUCAACAAACAGCCCGAUCAGUCACUGCUCAGCUUCCUGGGAGUGCACGAGAAGUUCUGGCCGGUGUGGAUGUCGAUUCUGGGAGAGAAAAAACAGAUCGUAUCCAGCAGUAAAGAUGCCUGCUUUGUUUCCGCUGUAGAGACACUCCAACAAAUCAGCACCACCUUCACUCCAUCAGACAAGCUGCUGGUCAUCCAGAAGACGUUUGAGGAGUUGACGCAGGAAGUGAAGCCUAUGCUGAAGGGUGACUUCCUGUGGUGCAUGGAUGACCUGCUUCCUCUCUUCCUUUACGUGGUGCUCAGGGCGAGGAUCAGGAACCUGGGAGCGGAGGUGAGCCUGAUAGAAGAUUUGAUGGAUCCCAACAUUCAGCAUGGAGAGAUGGGACUGAUGUUCACCACACUGAAGGCCUGCUACAUCCAGAUCCAACAGGAGUCGACCACAUAGCAGCAGGCAGAAGAAGGAAGUGGAAACAGUAGCGAGGCACUUUACACACACGAGCUGCCAGAACAAAACCAGUCAAACCACCAGUUUUCCACUGGUGGCCGUUGGAAAACUGCACAGAGGCUGAGCAGACAGACGGCAGAGGAGGGAGAAAUGUCUCAUACUUCCUUCACUGUUGAUCCCUUCGGUAUGUGCUGGAAAUAUUACAAAACUGCAUUAUCAUCUCCAUCUGAACUUCAUUCAUCUCACUAGAUUUUUUAUCCAGAUUAUCUGACAAUAUAUAAAGUUUACAUGUAGCUCAAACCUGAACAUCUACAACCAGAAAAACAUCUGAUGAGGUGAUGGUGCAGUUCAGAAAUACUAAUCGUCACAGUGUAUAUUAGACUUCUUGCUCUUUUCCAGAGCGUCGGGUUGGGUUUCAGAGUUUUGGUCAGUGACACUAUUGCUGAUGCAGUCUGUUUAACUACUGAGUCACUCUGAAAACCACUGAAUCUAAAAAAAGAUUAGUUUAGAAAUACACUUUAUUACACUUUAUCUACAAGGGUUUGGUCCCUGUGUAACAUUUUCAGCAAUACAUUAACUUGAUUUUCAUCUCUGAGUUCAGAAAUAUUCAUCAAAAAGUGUAAAAGUCUCAGACAAUUUGCCUGCAAAAUUGUAAUAACAGGACAGUUUUCAUGAAGUACUUACAGUAUUUAUUUGACCGUGUUUUCCAACAAGUUAAUUCACUCGAAGAUAAGUUCCCAGUGAGGAGUUACACUGUAUAUUUUCCCUUUUUCUUCUGCUUUCUAUCAAAAACACUCCAGAGAGAAGAGACUAACCACGUCUUUGAUGAAGUCUGAAAUACACAUUUCAAAGGGAACGUGUGCAAAUAAUUGAAAAGGGUUUAAAGAUAGAUAAGAUAUUUUGAUUAUUUAAAUAUUGUAUAAUAACCAAGCACUCUUAAAGGGAACUUCACGAUUUUAAAGUAACAGAUCCAAAGUUUCCACCCGUUUCAUUUCACUGAAUUUUAACAGUGAAACCAGGUAAACAGGUACUCAUUUUAACAGAAGGUUAGGGAGAUCAACUCCAACCUCAGUGUUUUACUGUUACUAACAUACAGUCAUAUACGGGUAAGUUGAAACUGUACACAGUAGCUGACUGUAUAGCUUAAGUUUGGUUGAAAAAAAAAAAAAAGAACAGUUGAGACAAACUGACAGAAACAUGUUGGUGAAGGCUUUUUAAUGCAAAAACCAUUAUCUUGCACUUGGACAUGUUUUUAACACUCAUAGCAUUUUACAGAGUGAGUUUUUUGUUGUUUUAAAUACUUUUCAGUGGUCCCAGAGAAACCACAAGAGACACAGAUGAAGUUUAGUGUCACACUGAGUCUCCUGAGUAGAUCUCAGACCUUUGGGUCAUCAGUAAGUAGCUGCAGCAGUAGCUGGAGGGCAGACUGAACACGAGGCUCUGCAUUUCUAACAAAAUUAAACUUGUCAGUGUGAGUCUUACAUGUAAAACCAAAAUGACCAGACCAGAAAGCUGUAGGUAAAGAAAAGAAAAACAACUUCAUGUUGUGUUCCUGCAAUAGAGAUGUGCAUUUGUCAUCACUGAUGCUGAUGAGAUACACAUCUCAAUGCAUGGCCAACGGUCCAAUACAUUGAAGACUCAUAUGAAGCAAAUACCAAUGUAAUAUGAUAGAAUUCACUUUUAUUACAAUGAGAUUUGACGCAAUGAGGCUAUGCAUUUCAGUAUAGAGAGUUUGAUUUCAUUUAAGCACACAUAAAAUCAUAAAUUAACUAAAAAGGGUCAUUUUUACUUUGCACAUUUGUUUCUCUAGUACUGCAACUCAGUAAGCAUCUCAUCAGUUUAUUUUUGACCUCUAGAGAGGACAAAUCAUUCUACUGUAGAUAUGAAAUUAUUGGUCACAUUUCUAAAUAAUAAAGGCACAGGAUCUCUGCUAAUAAUUAUACAUAAGUAAAUCAGACUUUAGAGAUGCAAAGAUGUUGCAACUAAGCAUUACAAGUUCAUCCCAAAUUAUAUCAAGGUAAUUGCAUCAUGAAAGUUUAUGCCGCUGCACCAAUGUGAAUCUGUAUCCUGCAAGCAUUACUUAAUGGACAUCUCACUUUACUUGCAUAGUAAUUAAAAACUCUCCCAUCUCACACCCCAAAAUAAUGUAGACAAUAGUGUAUAUUUUGAAGGCACGAGAGUUCACUCACUUACAUAUUCGUUGAAACGUGUACACUCACGUACUGUAAUCCCAACCUGUGUGUGCUCAGUUUGUCUGAACUUCUGAUAUUCAAAACUAAUAUACAGCAAACUGACCAGGAGAACUACUGAGUGACAUGAUUUUUUUUACUUGAUAUAAUUAAUGAGGGAACACUGAUUAGCUGAGCAUAAAGGACAUUUUCAUUCCUCUGCCUGUGUUUUUCUAUGUGAACACAGUUCACAUGAGGGAGUUUUAAUGUUGCACUCACAGUUUUCAGUUUAGGCCAAUUACGUUCACAUUCCCUUUGUCAUGAAAACUGGCUUUCAAGUUACUGUGAAAAAAUGAAUAUUGCUUUUUUAUUUCUCUGUUAGAGAGGUUAUGCUGUGUGUUUGUUCAAGGAUUAUCAACUUGUCAGCAGAUUUAAAUGAAAUUUGAGUGAAGGGCCAAUUUUUUAAAGAAUAUUUAACACUGAGAGACAUUUUAAACAUUUUCACUGUGUUCUAAUGAACUACUGCAAUUACUUAAAUGAACAAAAUUAUCUUUGUGUGUGUGUCUGUGUACUUUAACAUGUUCUUUUAUAAAUUUACUUUAAUUAUUUGAAACCAUCCAACAUUUUUGGAUUUAGAUCAUUUAGGGACACAAAAAUAACACACUUUAAUGUUCUCGCAAAAGUAAAACUUACUGAUUGUUUUCUGGUCUUUAGGACCCUGAAAUGACUCCUGCAGUUGUAUGUUUUAGUGCAAUGUCUUCUGUUGUUUUUCUGUUUUUUUUAAGAGAACCUCAAAUCAUUUAUAAAGGAAUUGUAUUACUUAAUGUAUUAUUCGAUUGUAAUUUAAAAUAAUUUAUUAGAGAUAUAAAUUUAUAUUAAAAUAUAAAUCAGAUUUUUUACCUGUAUCGAAGAACCUGUAAAAAAGAAGAAAAAAACUCAAAUUUUUAGAGUCCCUCUAAAAUCCUUCCAGCAGUGACUCUUUUCAUAUAAUCCACAGCGAUUGACACGUUCAUUGCCACAAUGUGUUUUAAUAUAAAGACACAAGAAGAAGACAUUUUUACUUUCUUUGCAGCACUGUGGUUAUGUUACUGACUUGAUGAACUUGUUUUGUUGAUGUCAGGGAUAAAAAAGAGUCUGCAAAUCGCUCAGGUCAGACAUCAAAAGAGAAACAUAUUAUUUGCCAAAAUGACUGAAAAGCUGACUCUUUUCUCUCUUUUUGAAUUUCUGCCAUUUUAAGUUACCUGAAAUAUUUGUACUGUAUUUAUUGUCACUCCUCAGAAUCUGUAUGUGUUGGUGCCGUCAAACAAAGCUCUUUGAUUUCAUUUUACUAGUGAAACCACUGCAGUGUAGUUUAGUACAGCUGUAUCUCUGCCUCCAUUAACACCAGUUUAAAGAACAAUGCACAUGUUUUUCAUGUCUUAUCCACAGGGCAUCUGUAAUUUCAGCACAAACAACCAUUUUUAUUACAUCCUACAGCUUACUGUUAGAUUUGUUUCCCACUUGUUUGGCACCAAUUGGUUUGAGAUCAUUCAGCACCGCAGAUAAAUCAGUAGUUACUGAUUUCAUAUCUGCCUGAGCUUGUUUCCCUUCAUACUGAAUAUUUUUACCUUUUUUUUUUUUUUUAUUAGUUACAUUAUCAUCACAUGAAACUGGUGUGUUCGGGUGCUGAAUGAGCUGAAAUGAACUAAAAUCAAUGGCUGCCUGGGAGAAACAAAAGCCACUGAACAGCUCUCAUGAUUACUAAAAUGGUCAGUAGUGAUAUUGAGUGCAUCUCAAUUUACAUUAUAAAGUGGAGGUUUCACACUGUAGAAGGCUUUUAACCCCACUGAAUUUAUCACUUAAGUUGAUUAUUUUUCUAACCAAGUCUAUAUUUUUUAUAACUUCUUACCAUUUAUAGAGAGUGAUGAUCAAGGGAACUGAUUGUAUAGAAUGUAAAAUAGUUUUGAUUGGUGACUGGAUUGAUGCAGAAAAUGAAUAAAAGUGUGUUUACUAUAUUUUAAA